GACAAGCUCCAUGUCCUGGCCGGAGCUCCUUGCCCCCUGGCUGGUGAUCGCAGCGGGGCUGGGGGGCAUCCUCCUGCUCUGUGUCUCCACCAAGGAUGUGCCCGUCACCCCUCCCGGGGACAAGUAUGGCAUCGUGCUGGCUGCUGGCCCAUCCCACACCAUCCUCUUCAUCUACCAGUGGGCCCCCAGCAAAGGGAACAAGACUGGGGUGAUCAGGGACUGGAGCUCCUGUCCUGUGCCAGGUCUAGGAGUCUCCAACUACUCAGACUCUCCUCAGAAGGUAGGGAAGAGCUUGGAGCCAUGUUUGAACUGGGCCCAGAAAGAGAUCCCAGCAGAGCAGCACAGCCAAACCCCCCUCUACCUGGGAGCGACCUCCAGCAUGAGGCAGCUGAACCUCACCCAGCACACCCUCACUGAUGGUUUCCCAGCAGCCCUGAAAUCAUCUCCCUUCAGCUUCCAGGGGGCACAGAUCCUCUCCAGCCCAGACAAGGAUGCAUUCAACUGGGUUGCUGUUAACUACGUCCUGGAGAACUUCUUCAAGUACGACUGGAGAGGACAACUGGUGCCCUCUGGGCAGGGUAUGGCAGGAGUCCUGGCUGUGGGAGGAACCUCAACACAGCUGACUGCCAAGAUGGAAGAAGAGACCCCUGACCAGGCACCCAGAGAGGGGGUGAGGCUGGAGCUGUAUGGGCAGAGCCACCAGGUGUACACCCAGCACUGCCCCUGCCAUGGCACCCACCAGCUCCGCAGCUCCCUGCUCUCCAGGCUCAUCCAGGACCAAAGAAGUGCUGGAGUUGUCUCUAAUCCCUGCUGGCCCCUCAACUACUCCCAGGAAGUGCAGUGGCAAUCAGUGCAUGGGGGACCCUGUGCUGUCACUCAGGACCCACUGGACAUCCCUGGCCCUCAAGAAGUCUUCAACAUCAGUGGCUCCAGCAACCCCAGCUCCUGCCUCAGCCUUGCACAGAACCUGCUCAGCCAUUCCCCUCCCUGCAGCUUCCUCAGCAGUUCCCUCAGCAAUGGUUCCAAGCCCCUCCAGACCAGGUUCCUGGUGAUGUCUGAGGCCAUGGACUUCAUCAGAGCAGCUGUGCCCUCCCUGGGGCUGGGCCAGGCAGUGGAGAGACUCUGUGGGAUGUCUGCCAAAGAGCUGGUCCAGGAGUCCCAGAGCAGCCUGGAGACACUUGCUGAUUACUGCCUGGUGUCUGCAUUCCUCUUCCAGCUCAGUGCAAAGGGAUACACCUUGGACUUGGAUGGGGCUGCUUGGACUGCAUUCCAGAGGAAGAUGGGUGACACAUCAUCUGGCUGGACUCUGGGGUACCUGCUGAGUGUGACCAACACCCUCCCCCAGGACAGCCCCACCUUCCUCAAAGGGAUUGAGCCCGGGGUCUGGUCCUUGCUCCUCAUCCUCUUCGUGGUGCUGCUCACUGGAUCCUUCCUGCUCAUCUCCUGCCGGGUGGUGGGGAGGGGGGACAGGGACAGCUCCAGUACCAGGAACAGCACUGGCUGUGAUGACAACUGACACUUCCUGGGAUGUCCCAUCCUGCCAGAGGGACUUAAUGUGCAGAAAUCCCAAAGCUCUGUGUCCAGGCUAAGGAUGGAGGUGAUUUUCCUGCGGGACUCCCAGAGCCCGGGUGCUUUACUUCACCUGCUCAGCACUUGCUCUGCUGUACUUGGAGCCCAUGGAUCCUGCUCUGCAGGAAGCCUGGGAUUCCCAGUGCAUGGCAAGCUAUUCCUUCUCCAGAUGAGAGCAGCCUGCCCAGAUCUUGCUCAGACUGCAGCUGAGAUUACUCAUCUCAAGCCAAGGAAAGGAGGCCUCUGAGCAGGCAGGCUCCGAGCUGCUGUAAAGUUAAUAUUGAAUAGUGCUGCCUGAUCAGGAGAAGUGGUGGCUGAAAAGAAGUGUUCUCUCCCCUCCUGUGCCCACAAAAGAUGAAACCUGCAGCAUCACCUCUAGUGAGGACUGGACCUGCAUUAAAACAGUCAGGAUGUGACAAGCACCUUGCUUCCAUCCUCUGCCUGCUCCUGCUGACCUGUCUGCUGCUCCAGCUCAGUGAUGAGAUCCACACCCCUGCCAGAAAAUGCUCCUGCUGACCAAGAAUCCAUCAGAAGCACUGGGGCUUGGGCUUGGUCUCUACAAGACAUGGAGAACAUCAAAGGAGAAAGAAAGGGCACAGAGAGUUCCUGUCUCUCAGCUGAAUCAUGGCAACACGGGGUUAAAAUUUGGAAUUUCAACCCUUUCACCAGGACUGGAGACAUUUCAUCUCACAUCUCCUCAGCUGAUGUGCAGGCUGGGCUGAGCUUCACUCCACCAGUUUGUCCAUUUGCACUGACCUGCCUGUCUGCUGCCCCUGGAAGUGGAGCAGCUCAGCUCAUCUCUCCCUGUCCUGUAGAGAAAAGCAGACCCAGAACAGAAGCUCCCUAAUUGCCCCUCCAAUUACUUGAUAUUAGACUGUGCCCAGAGUCACUUGGUGCUCAGGGCUCCUCUGGGACUUGGCAGCCAUUCCAGCUCCUCUGGUCUGGUCUGUUCAGCUUGUCUGGAAGAUGAGGAGCUGUGCAAAUCCCUGUGUUGUUGUGAGGCAAAGGGAUGGCUGCAGACUGACACUGGCCUUUGACUAAAGAAUUCAGAGUUUCCCUCAGACACAAACACAGAAGCAGUUCAAAGCCUAAGGGCCGAGUGUCUCCACCUCAUUUCAGGCCACUUGAAACAAAUUUAAAUGCUCUUAGAUGCAGUGAUGUGCCUUGCAGGACUUUGAAAGCUCCCAUGGCUUUAAAUCCUUCACACAAAUCCUUUCAAAUAUGAUUGUCAGUCCCUUGUGCUCCGAAGUCAUCCCCAGGAUCCCUCCCUCCCCUCCAACACUGGGAUAUUCAUGAAUUUUCAGGCCAUUUAAUGAAGGUUUGGAACCUGUCAGUCAAGUUUAGAGGGGAGCAGAAACAGAUCUGAGCAAGCUCCAUCUUC